UUUUGUUUAUCCGUUUUGGCCGAAGACGGAAGAAGUCACAAUGCCAUCUGAAGAAAUCAAGACGUAUACUUUGAAAGAGAUUGCAGAACAUUCAAGUCCAGAUUCCUUGUGGCUUCUUAUUGAUAAUGGGGUUUAUGAUGUAUCAAAAUUCAUGGACGAGCACCCUGGUGGACCUGAGCCGCUUUUUGACUGGGCAGGCAAAGAUGCUACUGAUGCGUUUGAAGAUGCUGGCCAUUCAGCGGAUGCAAGAGAACUGAUGAAAAGUUAUAGAGUGGGAGAGCUUUCUGAAGAUGAACAAAAAGAGAUCAAUAAAGAGAAAACUUCCAAGAAAUGUUUCUGGAUUCGCACUGUGCUUCUUCCGGUGGGGGUCUUAGUUACUGCAUUGCUUGCAUAUAAAUUGUUUGUCCGCUUCAGUAAAUAACUUCAGCAGAAAAACACUUUGUUCCUAAAUGUUCUUGGAAUUUCCAGACAUUGUUGCAUUAUGCAAUGUAGUCAUUCAUUUAAUAUGAUGUUUUGAGCUUAUUAUGCAACUUAAAAGCUGUUGUAAAAAUUUCUAAAAGCAUUAUGAAUAGUGAAUUAAAUUUUUACGUUAUUAAGUCAUGUCUUCUUCCUCAUAU